AUGGGAUCCUCAGCAGACACAAAGCGGCCCGGCCACAAACAUGGCACGGCAGGGGAGUCAUCCGUGGAUUCGCAAGGACCUCUACUGGCACGCACCGUGACCUUCGACGGAAACAUCCAGACCUCUCCCCCAACAGCGCGCACACUGUCGCGCAUCUCGACAACCUCUUUUGCCGAGUAUAAAGUGUACAAACGCCGCUUCUUCGGCCUAGCCCAGCUCGUGCUGCUGAACAUCGUGGUAUCAUGGGACUGGCUCGCCUUUGCAUCGGUCUCAUCCACAUCAGCGCAGUACUUCGGUACGAGCGAGACCAACAUCAACUGGGUCUCGACGGCAUUUCUGUUCGCAUUCUGCGUGACCACGCCAGCGACCUUUCUCAUCUUGCAUCGGUACGGUCCACGCGUUGCCAUCAUUGUGGCCGCCGCGCUCCUCCUGGUCGGGAACUGGGUCAAGUACGGUGCAACUAAGGCCAACAAUUUCGCCGGCGUCAUGGUCGGCCAGCUGAUCAUCGGCUUCGCACAGCCGUUCGUCCUGUCGUCGCCCACGAGCUACAGCAAUCUCUGGUUCAGUCCUGCCGGCCGCACCACUGCGACUGCAGUGGCCUCGUUGGCAAAUCCGUUCGGCGCAGCCUUGGGCCAGCUCAUCUCGCCGUUCUGGGCAGAAAGCCCGGAUGAUAUUCCCAACAUGAUUCUCUACAUUGCGAUCAUCUCCUCCGUGGCAUGUGUACCAGCCUUCUUCAUACCGGCUAGACCACCCACGCCGCCCUCGGCCGGCGCUGUUAUGGAUCAUAUGGACCGCACAUCUUUGCGGCAUGACUUGCACACGUUGACUCGCUCGGUCGAGUUUUAUCUUAUUUCCAUCCCGUUCAUGGUGUAUGUGGGGUUCUUCAACGCUUUUUCAACCUUGCUCAACCAGAUCCUCGAGCCAUACGGAUUUAGCGAGACCAACGCAGGCAUCUCGGGUGCGAUAUUGAUUGUUGUCGGGCUGGUCUGCGCCGCCAUCUCCUCGCCCAUCAUCGACAAAUACAAGUUCUACCUCGGCUAUAUCAAGCUGGCCAUCCUCUUCAUUGGAAUACCAUAUCUGAUCUUCGUCUGGGCACCACAGUCACGCUCACUUGCGUAUGUCGACAUCAUCUGCGCUGUCCUCGGCGCUGCCAGCUUCGGUCUCCUCCCUGUCGCUCUCGAAUUCCUCGUCGAAAUCCAUUACCCGGUCGGCCCGGAGCUGGGAAGCAGUCUGUGCUGGUGCGGCGGACAGCUGCUGGGCGGUAUUUUCAUUGUGAUCAUGGAUGCGCUCAAGGCGUCUAGCGAUGCACACCCCCCACGAAACAUGAAGAAUGCCCUCAUCUUUCAAGCCGUCGUGGCUAUGAUCGUUAUGCCGUUUGCGCUAUCUCUUGGCUUGUUUGGUCGUCAGUCUCAUGUGCGGAAUCGAAGACUUGAAAUCGAUCGCAGCGCGCCUGAGCACGGUGUUCAGGUCUACGAUGAGAAUGAGAACGGAAAUGUUGGCUAG